CAACAUAGCGAGACCCUAUCUCUACAAAAAAAAUUUAAAAAUUAGCUGGGUGUGGUGGUACAUGCCUGUGGUCCCAGCUACUCGGGAGGCUUAAGUGGGAGGAUCUCUUGAGCACAAGAGGUCAAGGCUGCAGUAAGCCAAGAUCUCACCUCUACAAUCCAGCCUGGGUGACAGAAUGAGACCCUGUCUCAAAUUAAAAAAAAAAAUUUAACAUGAAAAGAAAAACCAACCUUAAAUUCACUAUCUUUACAGAAUGUGUUUACUGUAGUAUUUCGUUUCACUUCACUGAGAAAACAGCUAAAGAGUCAGGCUUCUAAAAUACAUAUUGAGUCUUUGAAAGGUAGCUUCAUGAAGUAGAAAAAGCAGAGUUUUGAAACCCAGGUAUGUGGUCCUGAGCAAGCUAUGAGGCAGAAGAAUAGCGGCUGGAAGCAGGGAACCUAGGGCCCAUCCAUGCGGACUGGGUAUCAGAGGCAACUCCCAUUUCAACCCCUCCUUUUUCUGCGUGGCAGUUGAAAAGUGAAAGUACCUCUUAUUGGUCCCCUCCCGCAACCAAUCAGACUGGUUGUGGGCCAAUGGGCAACCUCUAGAAGGUAUUUAAACCCCAGAAAAUUCUGUAACCAAUGCUCUUGAGCCGCUUGCACCAGGCGGUGCCCACCCUGUAGAGUGUACUUUCAUUUAAAAUAAAUCUCUGCUUUCGCUGCCCUGCUUUGUUUGUGCGUUUUGUCCAAUUCUUUGUUGAAAACGCCAAGAACUCGGACAGCUACCCUCAACUGGUAACAGUUACCUGCUGGGCCUACUUACUCAUCUCUUACACGGGGCUGUCACCCCGAAUCAGACAGUAAGGUAAGAUUUCCACAAUUGUUGAAAAAGCCUGACACACAGUAGGAACUCAAAGUCUAUACAAAGACUUAAAGUUCAUAAAACAAUAGACAAACAGAGAAAUCCACUGAAAUUUAGGGUGAAUAAAUCUAAUAACUGUUUGGUAAAAACUACACUGACAAUCAUUGUCUGGUCAGUGUUCAACAUUUACGUGAAACACUGAGCUUUUACAAGGCCAAGCCCCGUUUUACGUUAAAUUCUCGCAACCACCCUGAGGAUGGUUCCGUUUUUAAAGCCGCGUUCCUGCCGAGGAAACAAUGGCCCUCGGGGUUAAGACACUGCCCAACACCGGCCGCGCCUGAUAGACGCAGGUUCCGAAUGCAGGCCCCCUCCAAAGUCUUGCCCACUGCUCCACAAUGCCUCAACACCCAACAUUUCAUCCUCAACUCCAAAUCCAUCUCUUCAGGGCCGCAAAAAAGCGUUACUUCCCAAACGGCGUGUUCUCCAAGAACUGCAUUUAGCAUUUCAGAUCAGAGUGAGCCGAACUCAAUAGGAUUACGACAAAAACUAGUGAGAUUCAGAUAACACCGUUACAUCGAAAGUUUUAAUCCGUGACAGAGGAAAUAUUGCUUACGCCCUUAGGUAAUUUCAAAUGCACGUAAGAAGGCCGUGCCGGUUUCUGCAGGCGAAGCAAAAGAAAGGUGGGGCCGGCGGGGUCGUGGGGCGGGGGUGGGGCAUGACACCGUAUCCCAGACGCAACUCGACCUCGUUUGCAAGAAAUUCUGUAUCCGACUCUCUUCAGUGCGUUUCGCCGCCCCUAGUCUAGUCUGGCUAGCCCCCAAUUCCUUUAAAAGGGGUUGAAACGGGUGUUGCAGAACAGAGAACACUCAGGUAGAAAGGGCCUGCGGCAGAGGCGCCCCCAAAUCAUGGAACCUGUUGGAAGAGUGAGGAAGGAACUCUGGGACCCCGAACAUUCUCACGGGUGUAAAAAGACAAAGUAAAUCCCCAUUAGCCAAGUUGGGGAGAAGUCACAUCCGUUACACAGCCUCUCCCAGACCGCCCUCUAGGAAGGACACCACAUUUAAAAACACCGGCCUGCCUCCAGUCCUUGGCUGCCUCACAGCGAUCCUCAGAGCCGGUUUCCCAAGGUCCGCGCGCCGCCUGCAAGGCGUAAACCCAAGCCGCUGCAGGUUGCUAGGAGAUACUGGUCCAGCCAUCUCCUCCAAUCAGCACGCAUCUCUUUGCGUCCAAUCACAGAGGCAGGAAGGGCCGUGGUGAGAGGUGAAAGGUCAUACUCCUGUUUGGCGGCCAUUUCUCUUGAAACUCUGCGGCUCGGGACCUGCGGUACCUGCUGUAGUCACGAGGGACGGGCGGCGGCCUGGUCGGCAGAGAGUAGCCUGCAACAUUCGGCCGUGGUUACGAUGAGUUUACCCCUCAAUCCCAAACCUUUCCUCAAUGGACUAACAGGAAAGCCAGUGAUGGUGAAACUUAAGUGGGGAAUGGAAUACAAGGGCUAUCUGGUAUCUGUAGAUGGCUACAUGAACAUGCAGCUUGCAAAUACAGAAGAAUACAUAGAUGGAGCUUUGUCUGGACAUCUGGGUGAAGUUUUAAUAAGGUGUAAUAAUGUCCUUUAUAUCAGAGGUGUGGAAGAAGAGGAAGAAGAUGGGGAAAUGAGAGAAUAGCAUCUUUUGUGGGGGAUUUUUUUUUUAUAUAUAUUUCUAGACAAUAAAGAUUUGUUUGUUUUUCAA